GCUACCGUCACUUCCCCGCACGCUGCCCGACAAAACGCAGCUCCCGGUACGCUGCCUCGCGUUCCACGAUCCGCUCCUUCCCUCCGUUCUCCGUUUUCUUUUUCCCUUGCAUUUUCUUAUCGGAUCCCAACUUCUCCAAAUCCGACCCGCUUCCAUAGGGGAAGGAGGUGGGCGAGAGAGCGAAAUUCGAAAGGGGGGAAAACAAGAAAAAAGAAAAAAAAAAGGAAAAUGUGGGUGUUUUACUUGAUCUCGCUUCCGCUCACCCUCAGUAUGGUGACGUUCACGCUGCGGUACUUCGCGGGGCCGCACGUGCCGACGUACGUGCUGCUCGCCGUCGGGUACGCCUGGUUCUGCUCCAUCUCGAUCAUCAUCAUCGUCCCCGCCGACAUAUGGACUACAGUAGUUGGCCAGGAAAAGGGGGGUAUAGCUUUCUUUUGGGGCUGGUCGUAUUGGAGUACUUUUGCAUUGACCUGGGCUGUGGUUCCCACUAUUCAGGGUUAUGAAGAUGCUGGAGAUUUCACGAUGACUGAAAGACUAAAAACUAGCAUGCGAUAUAACUUAUUCUUUUACACGUGUGUGGGUUCGAUUGGCCUUCUUGGGCUUAUUCUGCUUGUCAUUAUGCAUGGAAACUGGAGCGGUGGUAUUGUGGGAUUUUCCAUGGCCUGUUCAAAUACCUUUGGGCUCGUAACUGGUGCAUUUCUUUUUGGUUUUGGUCUGAGUGAAAUACCAAAGAGCAUCUGGAGGAAUGCAGAUUGGAGUAACCGCCAAAAAGUUCUCUCCCAUAGGGUUGCGAAAAUGGCUGUGAACCUUGAUAAUGCUCAUCAGGAAUUUUCAAAUGUGAUUGUGUCAUAUUGUCAGAUUGCACAAGCAACAUCAAAGCAAAUAUCCAAGCGUGACUUUUUAAGACGAUACAUGGAUGUCAUUGACAGGAUGCUGCUUCAAAUGAUCCGGGAAGAUCCUUCUUUUAAGCCAUCUGGCGGUAUGUUUGGAGAGAAUGAUAUGGAUUAUGAUACCGAUGACAAAACCAUGGCUGCACUUAGGCGGCGGCUUAGAAAAGCUCAAGAGGAGUAUUACAGAUACAGGAGUGAAUACGUUGCCUCUGUCAUGGAGGCCCUUGAGCUGGAAGUGGAAGAUACAGUGAAGAAUUAUGAACUUCGCAACGCUACUGAAUGGAGAUACGUUUCAAGUUUAAGAGGAAGACAUGCUGGCAAGUUUGGGUCCUUUCUUGAUACAAUAGAGCUGGUAUGGCGUUGCAUACUAAGGAAGCAACUGGAGAAACUCUUAGCUGUAGUGCUUGGUUGCAUGUCAGCUGCUAUUCUCUUGGCCGAGGCUACAAUUUUGCCAAGUGGAGUUGAUCUAUCUUUUUUCUCCAUUCUUAUAAACGCAGUGGGUAAACAGGAGAUGGUGGGACAGAUAGCAGCAUUUGUUCCUCUGAUGUACAUGUGCAUCUGCACAUACUAUUCCUUAUUCAAGAUUGGGAUGCUGAUGUUCUAUUCAUUAACACCACGACAGACAAACUCAGUCCGCUUGCUUAUGAUUUGUUCAUAUGCACCUCCAAUUUCUUAUAACUUUCUUAACCUCAUACGUCUUCGAGGCACCAAAACUGUUUUUGAAAAGUAAACAGACUAUUGACUUGAAGGAUUCAACAAAAAUACGAAGAAAAUAGGAUUGAAAUCAUCCCUGUAGUUAACAGAAUUCAACAAGAAGACGAAGAUGAGC